AUCUGAUCGUUGACCCAACCUCCCUAUCCCACCCACUCUUUUAUGGCUUCACUUUCGCAGCCAGGACAUUGCUGAUCAUGGACAUUGCACUAGCAGAUAAAUAUUUCCGGCGCUUGUCUUCUCCUGCUCCAACCCAAUCCCAAAUUCGCAUUGGCUUCUUCUUCUUCCAUAUACAACUCUACUCUGUGCUCUUCACUCUGUCUACUUCCAUUUUCAAGAAUCCAUACUCAGAUCCUGAGUCUCUGAGCAGAAGUAUCACUGGAGGGAGCUAGCGAGCUAGCUAGCCGCACGAUGGCGAUGUCAGGUGGGCGUAUUGUGACGAUGUGCAUGGCGGCUGCGGCGCUGCUGGUUUCUUUGACCGGCGGCGCGGGCGUGGCGGCGGCCUCAGCGAAGGAGCUACGGCAAGGCUUCUCGGCCGCCCACGACACGUCCUACUCGCACUUCCAGCCGGUGCUCACCGACCCCACCGGCGUCUUCGCCCUCGGCUUCCUCCGCGUCAACUCCACCACGCUUGACCUCGCCGUCCUCCACCUCCCUUCCGCUUUCCCCCUCUGGCGAGCCAUGCCGGACCGCCCCGCGCCGUGGUCCGCGGCCGCGUCCCUCUCCUUCAACGGCAACCUGGUGCUCACGGACGGCGCCACCAACCAAGUGCUCUGGUCCACCGCCGCGGCGGCCGGCGACCGCGCCGUUCUCCUCAACACGUCCAACCUUCAGAUUCAGAACAGCAGCUCGCCCGUCGCCGUGUGGCAGAGCUUCGACUACCCUUCGGACACCAUUGUCCAGGGCCAGAACCUCACCUCAUCGGCGGCGCUUCACUCCAUCGACCAGCGAUACGCCAUGCGGCUCGGGAGCAACUACUUCGCGCUCUACGUGGAGCCGCCACCGUUGUCGUCGGGCAGCGUCGCCGCCGCCAUGUACUCCAAGCACACGGCUCUGGAGGCCAAGGCCCGGAUCGUGGCCGGCGGCGGCCCGAUAUACGUGCGCGUGGAGCCUGACGGCUACCUCGGCAUGUACCAGAAGGAGGGACCCCCCGCGGACGUCAUGUCCUUCGACACCUUCAACCACGGCGUCCGCGCUCUCCGCCGCAUGACUCUCGAGCCCGACGGCAACCUCCGCGCCUACUACUGGGACGGGUCCCGGUGGGUGCUCGACUACACCACCAUCACCGACUCGUGCGAGCUGCCCACCACCUGCGGCGCCUACAGCGUCUGCGUGCCGCCCAGCGGCCGGUGCGCGUGCCUGGCCAACGCCACCGAGGGCCCCGGCUGCGCCGCCCCCUCCGUCGGGAGCGGGCUGUGCGGCACCACGGGCGGCGAGGUUGGCGGGCUGUACUCGGAGGUGCGGAGCCACGGCGUGGAGCCGGCGAACAAGGAGCUGCUGGGGUUCGAGCACGCGCCGUCCGCGGGAGACUGCGAGGCGCUGUGCGCGCGCAACUGCAGCUGCUGGGGCGCGGUGUACAGCAACGGGACGGGCUACUGCUACCUCAUGGACUACCCGGCGCAGCUGAUGGUGGCCGCCGACGAGAAGAAGCUGGGCUACUUCAAGGUGAGGAGCGUGGGAGAGGCGGCUGCGCGCGGCGGGAGGGCGACCGGCGUCAAGGCGGCGCUGCUUGCGGUCGGCGUCGCGGUGGUGGCUGCCGCCGCUGCGUUCGGGGCGUACAGGGUGUGGGACAGGAGGCGCCGUGCGGCAGCGGAGACGCGGCAGCAGCUGGGCGCCGACGGUGAUGGGCUCUCGCCGGGUCCCUACAAGAAUCUGGGAUCCUUCAGCUCCGUCGAGCUCUCCAGCAGCUUCAACUCCUUGCGGAGGUAGCCAGCCAGGAUGGUGAGAUCCAGCAACCAGAUCGGCACGACGUACGGGAAAGAUACACGGCAGCACGGGUGCGGGAAGUAGGCUCGACGGCGCCCGCUGAUCGGAGAAGAAAGCUAAUCCGACACGAUCGGCGGUGUCUGGGCGAGAAAAAACUGCCAAUCUGGUCAGGGCGGCAUCUGCUGCCGGACCAUCGACGGCUCGGGGAACUUCAAGAUCCGGACACUCAUCUAGCCGUUUGGAUUGAAAUCCAACGAUUGCCAUGCGCCUUUCAGCUCAAGCCUUUCCGUCUACAGUUUUAUUCCUUCUCGCGACCGUCAUGCGUGACGCAGCACGCCGCCUCUUAGAUAACUACCGGAUCAUCAACAUACUCUACCUCAAUUCAUCAUUUCAAACUUCAUAUUGGCCUUCUUUGAUUUAGAGAAAUCUUGCAAAAAUUUCAUAGUAUAUGAUUUCUAUAGAAAAAAUUUAUUUAAAGCCCUUUGAUUUGUUGGAAUGGAAUCCUAUUUCUAUGAAGGAAUUCUUCCCAUCCUCCAUAUUUCAUAAAAAAAUAAAUAUUAGCCUAGACUUAAUGAAAACAAAUCUAUGAUAUGAAUUAAAGGGCAUCUCCUUUUCUAUUCCUACUUAUAGAAUUUGAGAUACAUUUCAUCUAA